AUGCAAAAACUAUCAAUCUUUGACAGACAAUUCUAACCUGCUGCCACAGCUGCUUAAGAAACUCCAGCUGCUAAGAAAGAUUCUCUUUCAGUUGUUGACAACAGAACUGGAAAGACUUAUGAGCUUCCCAUUAAGGAUGGAGCAAUUAACGCCACUGAUCUUGGCAAGAUUAAGGAUGCUCAAGGAGAAGUUACUAGAUCAUAUGAUCCAGCCUACAUGAACACAGUUGCCUGCAUUUCAAAGAUUUCUUACAUUGACGGAGAUAAGGGUAUUCUUGAAUACAGAGGUAUCCCAAUUGCUCAACUGGCUGAGAAAUCAAGUUUCCUUGAGACUGCUUUCUUAGUUAUCUUUGGAGAACUCCCAAAUCCAAAACAACUGAAAACUUUCACAAAGAAAGUGAUGACGCAUUCAAGUUACCACGAUGGUCUUGAAAAAUUCAUAAGUGCCUUCAGACACGACUCUCAUCCAAUGGGUAUGAUGUCAACACUUAUGGCAGCAAUGUCAACCUUCUACCCAGAGGCUAACCCAGCCUACGUUGGUGCAAACAUCUACAAAGACAAGAAGGAAAGAAACAAGCACAUUUACAGAAUUCUCGGAAGUGCCCCAGCUAUUGCUGCUGCUUGCUACAGACACAAAUUAGGUCUUCCACUUAACAAGCCAAAUGAAAAUCUUGGAUAUGUUGAAAACUUCUUAUUCAUGAUGGACAAACACGUCACUGAUACUGACUAUAAGCCACACCCAAGCAUUACUAAAGCUCUCGAGAUCUUAUUCAUAUUACAUGCUGAACACGAACUCAACUGCUCCACUGCUGCCAUCAGACAUAUGUCAUCAAGUUAAUCAGACAUCUAUACUUCAUUAGCUGGUGCCAUUACCGCUCUCUACGGUCCAAGACAUGGAGGUGCCAACGAGGCUGUCCUCAGAAUGCUCGAGUAAAUUGGAUCAAAAGAUAAGAUUCCUUAAUUUAUCCAAGAUGUAAAGGACAGAAAGAAGUUAUUGAUGGGAUUCGGUCACAGAGUUUACAAGAAUUACGAUCCAAGAGCAGUUAUUGUGAAGAGAACUGCUGAGGAGGUAUUCUCCAUUGUUGGAAAGGAGCCAAUGAUUGAAAUUGCUAUGGAACUUGAGAGAAUCGCUCUCAGUGAUGAGUAUUUCAUUAAGAGAAAGCUCUACCCCAACGUUGACUUCUACUCAGGAGUCAUCUACAAGGCACUAGGAAUCCCAACUGAGUUCUUCACUGUCCUCUUUACUCUUCCAAGAAUUGCUGGAUGGCUAGCUCAUUGGUACGAAUUCCUUGACGACCCAGUCAACAACAUCGUUAGACCAAGACAAAUCUACAAGGGUUACACCAAGAGAGACUAUGUCCCAAUGGACCAAAGAAAAACUGACUCUCAAUACGAUUUAGAAUAUACAAUUGAAACUCACGAUCUCAGAAGAGAAGCUUCCUACGAUUAUCAAAAGACUCAACAUAAGAAACAAUGA